CGAUGCACUCGCUGCCUGUGAUCCGACAGCUGUUGGCGCUGUGUUGCCUCUUCGUGGCAUGGCGCUGCGGCAACGCCUCGAAUCCUCUCGAGCAGAUAGCGCUGGGUGCGCUGAGUGUGAGCGAACAGCUGAUGAAUACGAUGCAGGAUGGCAACAAGGUGACUAAGGAAUUCAAUGUGGAUACGCCGCUGAUCAAGUGGCAUUCGAAAACGGACCUCGGACACGGCGAUGCCAUGCGAAAUGCGGGCGAUGACAGCGACUCUGAUGAGUCGGAUGAGAGGCGACGGCGGCGGCGCAGGAAACGCAGCCAUCACGAUCAUUUGGUGUCGCCACAUCGUGGCAAGCGUUCGCCGUGCUUCAAAAUGAUGACGGCGGCCACCACAGAAUCGGCUGAUGAUGUCGAGGCCAGAAGGAGGGCGGCCGCAGCACGCAAACGUGCCACAAAUAAUGCGUCGCGUUCUCGCAUCAUUCGUCGCAUUAGCAAGAGCAAAAAGAAGAAGUUGCAUCGCAGUCGACGUCAGCUGGAAGAUUUCGCCGAGCAGCAGACGCCACAGCAGCAGCAACGUCCCAGUUUGGGGGAACGCUUCAGAGGCUUGUGGCUGUCGCUGGUCGACAACGUGGUGGAUGCCAUGCAACAGGUGCGCGACCGACUCAAAAACGCAGCAGCUCAAGCUCAAGCUCAGGCGCAAGCACAAGCGCAGGGCGGCAAUUAAAUGCAAUUAAUUCAUCAAAUUUUGUUUGUUUUGUUAACACAAUAAAU